AUGUCCGACGCGUGUCUUUCUCUGUCGGGCUCCAGCGCCUGCCCCGCGUGGAGUAGCGCCUCAGUAUCAAUCAAUUCAAGUCAAUACGGGGACUUUCCAUGGCUGAAAAACGUUUCCAAUCUCACAUCGUUUGACCAAUCCCUCCAACACUACGUCCAGGACACCUAUGUCACCGCCAAAUAUGUCGACCUUUUGGGAUGCGUGGGCUACAAUUCCAGCGCAUUGAACGACUACUAUGCCCAAUACACCACUAGCGUUAUUUGCAAUGGCCUCAUUCAGAGUUCCAAGGUCUCGUGCGAUUUGUCCGACAAUGACUCGGAGCCCCUAUGCGCAGAGACGUGUGCGCUUUUCGCGACCAGUGAACAGGAGAUAAUGAUCAACAAAAAUCUUUGCCCCAGCACCGACAAGAAAUACAUAGACCAAAUUAGGUCCGACUUCACGAUCUGCUCCAACCCUACGGGAUCGCUGACUGGGGGAUGUGUCGAUGGGUCCGCCAACGAGCCAAACAACUGUGGCUUCUCAUCAAACACAAUCGGUCUCUGCACCUACUGUGCGUCCAGCUCACCCAACUCGACUGACACCUGCUGCAUGAGCUCCAACGCGUCCAGUCGCUGCACCGGCGUCAGUAUCCCCGCCUCCACUGUAACUCUGCAGCCGAUCGUGACCACCACCGCGGCAGCCGGCGCCGGCGCCGGUGCCGGUCAUCACGGCUUGUCAGGGGGUGCAAUUGCAGGUAUUGUAAUCGGAUCUGUGGUCGGAGCUGCCAUCUUGGCUGCCCUGGCCGUUCUACUCUUCCUCUGUGGUCGCAGACGCCGCCAGUCCCAGGCCGAUGCAGGACUCAACCAACCGAACCCGCAGCGGAAAGGGGCUUCUCCACCUAUGCAACAGGUGGACAGCCCGUCAACACCCACUAAUAAUCUCAAUAUUGUUCCCGGUGGCCGCGUCGCACGAAUGUCUGCCCUGCGCGAGAUGCCCAGCUCGUCCCCGGCCUACUCGCGAACUUCAGCUGCGAUGUUUGGCGGGGCCAAGUAUGCUGGCGACUCGUCUGAUUCAGAAGCAAUGGGUGCCAGCCCCGGAGCCAUGUCCAGAAGGAUACCUCCUGUGACCGGAAAGCGCCAUGGCUCACUUUCGAGUGGCUCUGCUCUGGCUGGACUGGAGAGUGACAGCUCACCCCUCUCGGGCGGUACCGCAAAUCAAUAUUCCUCCCCCGAAGGAUUCACCAGUGGCCAAUCGGAGCAGAUGUCCUAUUUCCGCGACUACUACUCCCAAGAUGAUAUUCACCCCGGUGAUAAGGUGGCUGCUCUCUGGGCUUAUUCUCCCCGAGCGGGUGACGAGUUCGAGCUGGAUCGCGGUGAGAUGCUAAAGGUGAUUGGUAUCUGGGAUGACGGCUGGGCGACGGGUGUCCGUCUUCACGAACGGGCUGAGGACUACGACAUCCAUCGCGAGCAGCGCGAUAGUGGUGUCUCCAACGGCUCGCACAGACCUAGCCCGUCUCCCGUGCCUUCGGGCGAGAUAAAAGCAUUCCCCCUGGUCUGCAUUUGUCUUCCGCAGCAUUGGCGGAAGAUUAUCGACGGUGGAGUGCAAGAGGAAGAUGAGAAUUGA